AUGGAGUCUUCCCAAUCUUCUCCAAGAUUGAUUCAGGGUCUGGUUGGUGAGAUAAAGGGUGAGAUUCUAUCAGCAUCCUCCUUUGAUAAUCUCCACUCUUCUGUUUCUCCUUCUGCUUAUGACACUGCAUGGGUUGCCAUCGUGCCCGACCCGAAACGACCGAGCUGCUCGGCCUUCGGGGACUGCUUGGACUGGGUUAUCGACAACCAGCGAGAGGAAGGGUUUUGGGGAGAGGUGGACGGCCAUGGCCAACCCACCAUUGACGCCCUCCCUUCAACCCUUGCUUGCAUGCUUGCACUCAAGACUUGGAACGUUGGAGAUGAACAAAUAGCAAAAGGAUUAGCAUUCAUCAAUGCAAGCUCCGAGAAGCUUCUCAAAGAGAAGUAUAAUAAUUUUCCUCGUUCGUUUUCAAUUGUUUUCCCUGCAAUGCUCGAGCGUGUACAAAAAAUUGGCCUAAAAAUUGUCUUCUCCGGCGAGCUAGAGGGGAUCGUGACAAAUAUUUUCUAUAGCAGACAACUAAUUUUUGACAGGGAAAAGCUUGUUGAUAAAUACCAUUAUCCACCAUUAAUAUCGUACCUUGAGGCAUUGCCCUCGACCUACAAUGCUGGUAAAGAAGAGAUACUGGACCACGUAAGUGAAGAUGGAUCAUUAUUUCAAUCACCCUCAGCCACAGCAGCUGCUUUUAUGGCUACUGGAAAUGAGACGUGCAUCAAUUAUCUACAAUCUCUUCUUCAAAGAUGUACAAAAGGAGUUCCAGCUAUGUUCCCUGUCGAUGGAGAGCUGAUAAAGCUGUGCAUGGUAAAUCAAUUGCAAAGGUUGGGGCUUGCCUGCCAUUUCGUGGAGGAGAUUGAACAAGUUCUAAAACAAGCGUACCGCAAUUAUAUGAUAGAAUCGACAGGACCCAGUUUAAAUCCAGCACAGUUGUACAAGGACUCUUUGGCAUUUCGACUUCUAAGGAUGCACGGAUACAGUGUAUCUCCUUGGAGAUUCUGUCGAUUUCUACUUGAGGAUGAUAUGAUGGCACAUAUAGAGAAGAACUCAGAGAGCUUCUCAAGUGUGAUGUUUAACGUUUAUAGAGCUACAGAUCUUAUGUUUACAGGGGAGUAUGAACUUGAGGAGGCGAGAUCAUUUUCUAUGAAGUUAUUAGAGAAAUCCUUGUCUUCUAUGAACAAUAGCCACCACGAUCUUGUCAUGCUCCCAAAUUUCAGACUGAUUGAGCAUGAUUUAAGUGUUCCAUGGAUGGCUCGACUAGAUCAUCUAGACCACAGAAUAUGGAUCGAAGAAAAUGAAGUCCACACUUUAUGGACGGGGAAGGCCUCCUUCUAUAGGUUAUUUUGCCUUCAUAAUGAGAAGCUAAUGCAACUUGCUAUAGAAAACUAUUGCUUUCGCCAGUCUAUUUAUAGGAGUGAAUUGGAAGAACUGAAAAGGUGGUCCAAAGAAUGGGGCCUGACUGAGAUGGGAUUUGGAAGAGAGAAAACUUUGUAUUGUUACUUUGCCGUUGCAGCCAGCAGUAGUUCCUUGCCUAUGAAUUAUGAUGUACGAAUGAUAGUUGCAAAGAGUGCGAUAAUCAUUACUGUUGCUGAUGAUUUUUUUGAUACCGAAGGUUCUCACAAUGAGUUGAUAGCUCUUACUAGGGCAAUCCGAAGAUGGGACGGAAAUGGCCUGAGCGGUCAUGGUAAAAUCAUCUUUGCCAUCCUUGAUCACCUUGUGAGUAAUAUUGCAGUAAGGCAUCUCACUCAACAUGGAGAUGACAUAACAAAAAAUCUUCAAGAUAUGUGGUACGAGACAUUUCAUUCAUGGCUUAUCGAAACAACACGGAGUUGCUGCGGGCACAUUCCCACCAUUGAUGAAUACCUAGAAACUGGCAUGACAUCCAUCGCUGUCCACACUAUGGUUCUUCCAGCUUCAUGCUUUUUGAGACCAAGAUUGCCAAAUGACAAACUCAAGCCUGCCCAAUACGAAAGUAUCACAAGAUUUCUCAUGGUGAUCACCCGUUUACUGAAUGAUAUGCAGAGUUAUCAGAAGGAAGAAGAGGAUGGCAAAAUAAACCCAGUUUUGAUCUACUUGAAAGAAAAUCCGGAAGCAGACAUUGAAGAUUCAAUUGGGUACAUCAAAGAGAUAGUGGAUGAAAAGAAGAAAGAGUUUCUUGAACAUGUUUUAAUGGAUGGAUUGAGCGAUUUGCCAAAGCCAUGCAAGCAUUUCCACCUCUCAUGUUUGAAAGUGUUUCAGAUGUUCUUCAACUCUUCCAAUAAAUAUGAUUCCAAAACACAAAUGAUUCCAGACAUUCAAAAAGCAAUUUAUCUUCCUUUGGGGGUUCAAACAUCGCAGUUGCCACUACACAAAACAUCAUCACUUCGGAAGAUAGUGGUUACUUCUGCUGCAUGUGGAGCCAUCAAACGAUACCGCAAUGGAAGAGGCUUUGCCAUUCAUACUGCUCCUUGGGUUGCCCCCAGGCAUGUCUCCCGGAAAAUGUUUUUUCCAUCAGGAAUUAGAUUACGUCCGGCUUGA